CAAAAAAUAAAGAAAAUAUAGCAGACGUCACGUCCUCACGUCACCUUGAACUUUACUCUCCUUCAGUCCUCCUUCCUCUGAAGUCUGAAACCCAGUAACCUAAUGCUUCUGCUCAAACUCCAGAGUUAGAGAGAGAAAGAGGAGAGGGAGAAAUGGAGAACUCAGCAAAAUCCAAGGAAGUUCGAGGAGUUCCUAGCUAUGGCGGAAGGUACAUGAUGUACAAUGUUCUCGGCAAUCUUUUUGAGGUUUCCUCCAAAUACGCACCUCCUAUUCAACCUGUCGGUCGCGGUGCUUACGGCAUUGUUUGCUGUGCACGAAAUUCAGAGACACAAGAAGAGGUCGCCAUUAAGAAGAUUGCAGAUGCUUUUAACAAUAGAAUUGAUGCUAAAAGGACUUUGCGAGAAAUCAAACUUCUGUGUCACAUGGACCAUGACAAUGUUAUCAAGAUAAAGGACAUCAUACGACCACCUGAAAGAGAGAAGUUCAAUGAUGUCUACAUUGUUUAUGAAUUAAUGGAUACUGAUCUUCAUCAAAUUACUCGCUCUAACCAGGAACUCACAGAAGAUCAUUGCCAGUACUUCUUAUAUCAAAUCCUACGCGGGCUAAAAUAUAUACACUCGGCAAAUGUUCUGCACCGGGAUCUGAAACCAAGCAAUUUGCUUUUAAAUGCUAAUUGUGACCUCAAGAUAUGUGACUUUGGGCUCGCAAGAACCACUGCAGAGACGGAUUUUAUGACAGAGUAUGUUGUGACUAGAUGGUAUCGAGCUCCGGAGUUGCUUCUUAAUUGUUCAGAGUAUACAGGAGCGAUUGAUAUGUGGUCAGUUGGUUGCAUCAUGAUGGAGAUUAUAAAAAGGGAACCCCUUUUUCCUGGAAAAGACUACUUGCAGCAGUUACAGCUCAUAAAUGAGCUGCUAGGCUCUCCUGAAGAUGCUGAUCUUGGAUUUUUGAGAAGUGAACAUGCUAAAAAGUAUGUAAAACAGUUGCCACGUGUCCCAAAGCAGCCAUUUUCGCAGAAAUUUCCAAACGUGUCUCCCUUGGUGCUUGAUCUUGCUGAAAAGAUGCUUGUAUUCGAUCCCAGCAAGCGAAUAACAGUUGAUGAAGCAUUGAAUCACCCAUAUUUGUCGAGCCUCCAUGAGAUAAACGAGGAGCCUAUCUGCGCAAAACCUUUUCAGUUUGAUUUUGAGCAAUCAUCCUUGGAUGAAGAAGAUAUAAAGGAUCUUAUAUGGCGGGAGGCCCUAAAGUUCAAUCCAGAUAAGAUGAUUGAAUAAGACCCCUGGUUUUCAACUUGCUUGCGACAGAAUUUAAUCAUCUAACACAGAUGUCUGGUGGAAGAUGUUGAGCUACUUCAGCUUUGAGUAUAUACAUAUACCGCAUUGGAUCUGGCCUUGAUGUGGAGGUUUGAGGAAACGAGUUCGAACCUUUUUUUUUUUUUUUUUUAAUUUUCUUUUUCUGUCUCUUCUGGAGGUUCACAGAAUCAGGCGUCAGUUAACCUUGCAAUGAAUGGUAAUAAACAUUAUUCUAUAUUAUAUUAAAGGAUUCAACAGUGAGGGAAUUAGAGUGGUUCUAAUUCCUUUUGGAGUUCUUUUCGCCUCUGAUCACCAUUUCAAGAAGUGAACCAAAACGUGCUGAGCUGAUUGAACCAGUAGUUGGGAUUGCAGAAGCAUAUGGCAUACGCCAAAAGUGUUGAAGUUCUUAUAAUAGUGCUUAAAGUUUGUAAUGUGUAAUAUUCGUCGAGUAUGUAGAAAAAAGUGGGUAAGAGAUAUUGUUGCACUUUCUUGUUGUAGUUCAAUACUAGCAAAACUUCUGCUCUGAUAGAAAUUUCAUGUUUGAGACUAAUGAUAUGCGGAGUAUGCAGUUGUAUUUCAAAAGGUCUUGCACGCAUAAGGUGUUGUACAGUAAAUUUAUUAUUUUAUCCAGUUUUUUUUUAUCUUUUA